AAGGAGCAGGCUGAGGUAUAUGAGUUUUUAAACUGCAAAAGUGGUUGCUUACCCAAGUACCAAGUUCCAUAAUUACUGAUCUCCAUUUUCCUCAUUUCCAGAGAUCUGACAAGUUCUGUAAAGUCUUUAAAAAGAAUUCAAAUUCAGGAAGGGAUUGACGCUGACAUUGGAACUACCAUCACCAUGAAUGUUGCUGAAUUCCGAAAGAGAGGAAAAGAAAUGGUGGAUUAUGUGGCAGACUACAUGGAGGGAAUUCAUAGACGUCAGGUUUAUCCAGAUGUGGAGCCAGGCUAUCUGAGGCCCCUGAUUCCCGACUCUGCACCCCAGGAACCAGAAACAUUUGAAAACAUCAUGAAGGAUAUUGAGCAGAUAAUCAUGCCAGGGGUAACCCACUGGCACAGCCCCUACUUCUUUGCCUAUUUCCCCACAGCCAGUUCAUAUCCAGCCAUGUUGGCCGACAUGCUGUCAGGUGCCAUAGGCUGCAUUGGCUUUUCCUGGAUUGCAAGUCCUGCUUGCACAGAGCUCGAGACAGUGAUGUUGGAUUGGCUGGGGAAGAUGAUCAAUCUGCCAGAAGCAUUUUUAGCUGGAAGAGAUGGAGAAGGAGGAGGAGUGAUUCAGGGAAGUGCCAGUGAAGCCACCUUGGUGACCCUGCUAGCUGCUAGAACUAAGGUGAUUCGACAACUACAGGCCAAAUCUCCAGGACUGACUGAGGGAGCCAUCAUGGACAAGCUGGUGGCCUAUGCGUCCGAUCAAUCCCACUCAUCAGUGGAAAGGGCUGGAUUAAUUGGUGGUGUGAAGUUAAAAAUGAUACCUUCAGAUGACAAAUUUUCUCUGCGAGGUUCAGCCCUACAGAAGAUCCUGGACGAAGACAAAGCCGCUGGCCUUAUCCCGUUCUUUGUGGUUGCUACACUUGGAACUACUCCUUGCUGUUCAUUUGACAAUCUAUUAGAACUGGGUCCUAUUUGUAAUAAGGAGAAUAUUUGGAUGCACAUUGAUGCAGCCUAUGCAGGAAGUGCCUUCAUCUGCCCUGAAUUCCGGCAUUUUCUGAAUGGAGUUGAGUUUGCAGAUUCUUAUAACUUCAACCCUCACAAAUGGCUUUUAGUGAAUUUUGACUGCUCUGCCAUGUGGGUGAAAAAAAGAGCAGACUUGAUAGGUGCCUUUAAGCUGGAUCCUCUUUACCUACAGCACCAUAACCAAGAAUCUGGUCUUGUCACUGACUAUCGGCACUGGCAGAUACCUCUAGGUCGGAGGUUUCGCUCUCUGAAAAUGUGGUUUGUGUUUCGGAUGUAUGGUGUGAAGGGACUACAAGCAUACAUCCGCAAGCAUGUAAAACUCUCACAUGAGUUUGAAUCUUUGGUGCGCCAGGAUUCCCGAUUUGAGAUCUGUGCUGAAGUUGUCCUGGGGCUGGUGUGUUUCCGAAUAAAGGGGUCUAAUGAGCUGAAUGAAAUGCUUCUUGAAAGAAUAAACAAAGCCAAAAAAAUCCACUUGGUCCCAUGUCACCUCCAAGAUAAGUUUGUGCUACGCUUUGCCAUCUGUUCUCGCACAGUGGAGUCCAUCCACAUUCAGCAGGCUUGGCAGCAUAUUACAGAGCUGGUAGCUGAGCUGUUAAAAGAAGGAAAAGAGCAGAAAAUGAACUAGUAAUUGCAGAGACAAAGAGAUGGAACAGAAUACAUAUAUAUCAUAAUUAUAAAGUAGAAAUCAUCAUGACUACAUAAUAAUAUAAGGAAGACCAAGAUUUUCUCUGAAGUUGCCCAAAGACAUCAACUUAGAUGUAUUAUUCAUUUAGGAAAUGGUAGUAAAAAUGGAUUUAUUUUUAAUUUACAUAAGAUUUUUGGUUUGGUUCUGAUGUUUCAUCAAAAAUUAGAUUAUGCUCUAAAUGUAACUAAAAUGACAAACUAUACACAAAACUAUGUAUUAUUAUACAUAUAUUAUGUAUUAUACACUGUUAUUAGUAUUAUGCAUUACACUUAUAAAAUAUGUUUUAAAUUAUCUCUAAGUUAAUUGUGCUGCGGUAUUUGGUAAAGACUUAUUAAAAGGGUAUCCUGGGCAAAUUGUGUUUAUGUGACAUGACAUUGUAUCUAUAGACUUUUGGAGUAUUUUUUGAUGUGACUAUAUGUUUAAUAAACCACUAUGACAUGUCACCAUAA